GCUUUGAGGAAGGAGGCAAGGCAAGUGUUUUCCAUAAGGAAAAUAUCAUGACUGAUUAAAGUAAAAUGGCUCAGAUGCAGUGAUUGACUCUCCAACAGUACAGUAGAAGUUAGAAGAAGGGGUCAAAUUUAAGACGCAUUCAAUUUCAAUCAAAUCAAAGGUACCAGAGAAAAUCAAACUCACCCCAAUCACAAGAGAAACGAAGACAAGCAAAAACAGAAAGACGAACAGAAAAAAUGGUGUUCAACAGCCUGAUGGUGGUGUCAGUGGCGCACGCAUCAACGGAGAUGUGGCAAUAUUUGGCAUGUUUACCUGAGCGUCUGAGCAGCCAUCAGCUGUUAGAUCUUGUGUUCUGCUUCCCUCUGCAGCAGUUGGGUCGUCUCGCUCUCUGCCUCUGGACCUUCCUCUGCGUCCCUCCUCCGGACUCUUACUAUUCCUACUCCUACUCUGACUCUGAUGCCUCCUCCUCCACCGUUGUUUACAAUGAUUAUUACUACGACUCCCAUUCUGAUUGAUCCCAUUAUGCUGCUUCGCUCCCCUUAACCUCCCCGCGCGCCCUGUACAGGUUUGACUUGGAGGUGACAGGAUGUCAUUGCAGAAGAGACUUAGCUUCAUGUUAGUUACAUUAUUGGUCAUUGCUGGAUGACAAGGGAAAUUACUUUCGGAAUACAAUUAAGUUGAGAUCCCAGUUCUAUGUUUGCUUUUCUUCUUUGUAUGAAAGCUUUAAAUAGUCUUAGAUCCUUACAACUGAUUAUUGAUUUCUAUAUAUUUUAUUUUAUACUGGUCAACGCAUUUCAAUAGUUAUUGUAGGGAGUUACAGGAUGGAAGAUCCGAAGAUAGAUUCUUUGAUAAGCUCUUGCCCUGUGAUUCGUUGUAGGGUUUGACUUGGAGGUGACAGGAUGUCAUUGCAGAAGAGACUUAGCUUCAUGUUAGUUACAUUAUUGGUCAUUGCUGGAUGACAAGGAAAAUUACUUUCGGAUUACAAUUAAGUUGAGAUCCCAGUUCUAUGUUUGCUUUUCUUCUUUGUAUGAAAGCUUUAAAUAGUCUUAGAUCCUUACAACUGAUUAUUGAUUUCUAUAUAUUUGAUUUUACCUGA